UCUUGAGGUGAGAAUCCCAGAAGGUCAACCAGCCGGCGGAAUCAAAGUCUUAUCCUUCCACUUCCAAGUCUGGAUUCCGUCCAUGGCGUCCCAGGAUCACCACCACCACCACGGCGGCCACUCCCACGACGACGACCACCAUCACCGCCACCAUCACGGGGAUGCCGCCGGGAAGGGGGCGGGGGCGGGGUCGUGGGUCGGCGAGGACGGGCGCGUGUGGCACUCCCACGACGGCCUGGCGCCGCACUCCCACGAGCCCAUCUACUCCGCCGGGGACUUCUCCAAGCGCGCGCCGCCGCUCGACUCCCGCAGCUUCGCCGACCGCGCCUUCACCGUCGGCAUCGGCGGCCCCGUCGGCACCGGGAAGACUGCCCUGAUGUUAGCACUCUGCACUUGCCUCCGUGACAAAUAUAGUCUUGCAGCGGUUACAAAUGAUAUAUUCACAAAAGAGGAUGGAGAAUUCUUGGUCAAGCAUGGAGCUCUGCCUGAAGAGCGCAUACGUGCUGUCGAAACUGGAGGCUGCCCUCAUGCCGCUAUACGUGAGGACAUCAGCAUAAAUCUGGGCCCUCUGGAGGAGCUAUCCAACUUGUACAAGGCCGAUGUGCUGCUCUGUGAAUCUGGAGGAGAUAACCUGGCAGCCAACUUCAGCAGGGAGCUAGCAGACUACAUAAUCUACAUCAUCGACGUGUCCGGUGGGGACAAGAUACCAAGAAAAGGCGGCCCUGGGAUAACCCAAGCAGAUCUCUUGGUCAUAAACAAGACAGACCUUGCCUCCGCGGUUGGAGCUGACCUAGCCGUGAUGGAGCGAGACGCCCUUCGGAUGCGGGAAGGAGGGCCCUUCGUGUUCGCCCAGGUGAAACACGGGGUUGGCGUGGAGGAGAUUGUGGACCACGUGCUGCGGGCCUGGGAGAUCGCCACCGGCAACGGGCGCCGAUAGAGAGGCUCUCUCACGCGACCGAAACGCUGGCGAGUAAUUUUAGAAUCCGAGGAUACAGUGGGCGAGUUCUUCAUGUAACUUCAUCAGAUGUAAGGUCCUUGAUGAGAAUGAAUAAGCAAAACUGUAAUGCUAGAACAUUGUUGCCUUCGCUGUUUCAUGAGCUGGGCACUCUGGAGAACAACAAAACAGUAAGGUUCUUUCGAAUCCGAGGAUAUAUAAAAUAAAAAUGGUUCUGUCACGGUAUGUUGAAGCA